AUGACUCCUGAGAAUGAGAGGCUGGUUUCUUUGGUUUUGGGAAGCAGCGCGGCCGCAUGGCCGCACAAGGCGGAUAUUGAGGCUCUGUCCAGUGUGAAGACCUUCGUGUAUGACCUGCCAGCACCUUUUCACACAGAAACUCUGAAAGCUCUGAAAAUACAAGCUGCUGCACAAGGGUCAGACUGCAAUUUUGGCCUGACAUUGUGCAACUCGCACUGGACGAGGAGCUUCACGCACAAACAUAUCUACGCAUCAGAAGUUGUGUUUCUACAGAAGUUGCUCCGGGCAGUUCCGCUGACUGAAGAUCCCUCGGAGGCAGAUCUCUUCGUUGUGCCAUGGCUGGUGAGGUCGCACUGUGCAGUCCGAGAGGUCUGGGACAGAUGCAUCAUUACCGAGCUGGCUGGUCUGCUCUGGCACUACCUGCCUCACUUCAACGAGUCCACUCGUGGAAGACAUCUUUUCUUUGCGACGGGCGGCCCACCGAACCUCCCGAUGGAUGUGCAGGCUCAGCCUCUUCAGGUCACUCUCGGCCCGGACUAUUUCCCACCAGGCCGGCCCCAUUUCGUGUCUGGACGGAUUCUGGUGCCAUAUCUGAGCAAUGACCCCUUCCUUCAACCGGGAGCCUGGCAAUCCUGGAAGAAGAUGAAGGGGAUGCGGAAGGACAUUUGGGUAUGUUUGGCAUUCUCGCUUCAGAACAUCGCGCGGCACGUGCUAUUGGAUUCCUUCAAGGCUGCCACCGAAGGCAAUGGGACUCUGGCAUGGCCUGGACCUAUCCGAAUUAUCGGGUUCAACAGGAAGAUGACUGCCGUCGGCACUCCGACGGACGAGACAACCCCCCGCGAGCUGCUGAAGUUGUUGUCGAGAUCGCGAUUCUGCGUUGUGCCACCGGCAGACACGUCGAGCAUUGGAAAACGAUUUUAUGAUGCGGUUCUGACUGAGUGCAUUCCCGUGGUUAUUGCAUUUCCAACAAAGUACGGAUUGGGAAAAUCCUGGUGGACUUUCGACGGUACUCCAGUGGAAUGGAGUCUGCCCUUCGCGCAACAAGGCUUGGAUUACGCGAAGCUUGCCAUUGAAAUACCCGUGGAAGAGUUGCGACGGGGAAAUGCCGUAGCAUACCUCGCUGCAGUUUCGGAGGCUGUCGUUGCGAAACGGCUCGCAUACCUUCGGGCGGUCCGCAAUCAUUUAAUCUUUGAUUACAGUGGGGAAGCCAUAGAUGCUUUCUCCUUGGCGGUGCGUCAGCUGCUGUCCCUGCUGCCCACUGCAAGAGCAGCGCCGGUGAGAUGUUUGGACCUCCCGAGGCUUGACGACACCCCUUGGAGCAGAGAGGAGAAGAUGUGGAUCGAUGGCGUCAACCGUCAAGCCUGGGGCAUUGUCGAAUGUUAUUUUGUAGCCGGUCGGCUUCCUCUGGGGUGGGGGCCUGGCUUUCGACAUCUCUUGCCCAGUUCGCCUGCUGUUUCAGAGGAAUUCUCCCCGGCUGGUCCUAUUGGAAUACCGCGGUCACGCAGUCGUGGGCCUUCGGUACAUUGUACAAGGUGGAGUGAUGAGCCCAGCGCAGCUCGAAGAUGCGCGUUACUGGAGCCAGACCUUCGACGCACCAGCAGGUCCAAGAAUCGGUGUGUCCCAAUACGCACGGCAUGCGCUGCUGCCGCCGGCGACAUCUCCGCUUCCGUGCAAGAUCUGGUGACAUUGGCUGCAUGCACGAAUGCUUCCAAUAUUGAGAAGCAGCUUCUUGCAUUGCUUGAUGGUCGGAGGAACACUUCGCGGUGGAGUUUUACAGUCUACCAAGCUGCAUGCCGAGGUCCUUCUGGGCAUUCCUUUCCCCCGAAGCACACACCUUUUAUGUUCUUCACUCACAUACUGUUAAAUUACGAAUCUCGGUCCGGGAUCGUUGCAUUUGUGCUGCCAAACUUUGCGCACGACUUCUACCAUGAAGUCAUGCCUCCGGCUACUCUUGAUCAGCAGGGGGUCCAGGUCGUCGUGCACGGCCAUGCCAGGCCAUGCUGGCUGUUUGAGCAGAAGCCAUCAAGCCAAAACACUGCAUCUCUCUGCUACCUGUACCAAAGGACCUUCGAGCGGAUUUGCAAUGGUGAGGAUGCCCACGUAAUGCUGAGAGUCAGGCCGACGGCGAUCUUAACAAGUUGGAAUGUCAUACGGCGAGUGCCAAAGCAUCGGUUUGAGAUGGCGAUGCGCCACUCAUCUUCGCCUCGUGACAUGCACGACAUCAUGGGCCUCUUGGCAAUCCUGCUAUUGCAGACCAUUUUACCGGAGCCCUUGGCGGAAAUGGCGCUUCGGUCUGGUCGACACCUCGAAAGCGACAAUGUGGAGCAGCUUGUGUACAGUAACGUUGCCGGGCAUCGGAUUUUUCAAGAGACUCGACAAGAAAGCUCGUUGUCAUGUCAGGUGUAG